AUAUUGUGUUGUAGUGGUAGACGGUGAAGCCACGACAGGUGCGUGCACGUCGCCUGCAGGAAACACCCCUCUCCCUUCCCCUCCCCCCCUUCGGGCAGCCAGGAGGUUCGCUAGUGGCUCUGACAGUCAUACUCGCCUCGCUCGCUGCCUCUCACCAACACAAGGCAACAGCUGCCAUAGCCCUCGCUGGCUGGGAGAGGAACUUCGCCAGCAUCCAGCUGACCAUGGAGUACCUUCACGACGACGGGCCCAGGAUACGAGCAGUCGACACAGUCUCCACCUCUGGCGUGGUAUGGGUGAGUGUUGGAGCAGCGGUGUUGGUGAUGGUGCUGGGGGCAGUGUCGUGGGCCUGCUACCGGAAGAGAGGCGCCCAUAAGAAGCUCGGGGAUCGAACUGUGACUCUAAGAAGACCAACGGCGGUAAAGAACCCACAGCCACAGAGCCACUAUCUCAAGAAGUCUCCAUCGCCAACGGGACCCAAAACUCCCCCAGGAGCCAAGUCCCCGAGUGGAGGAAAGACGCCCCCAGGACCACGGACCCCGACGGGGGCCGGUCUGGCCUUCGGGGGGUGCGGUGGCUCCCUCAGCGCCUCCUCCAACACCACCCCGCGCCACGGCUCACCAGCUCACCAGAGUCGUCCUCAGGGCAUGAAGAGCGUGGACAACGACCACGUGGCCUACGAGAACGAGCAGGACAAGCCCAGCACCCCGUCCAAGGAGGAACUGGAACUCAACGAGCGGAACCUGACCAAGGAAACGGCCCCAGCCCGCCUCGGGAAGCUCCACUUCAAGCUGAGGUACAACUUUGACAAGAACGCGUUAGUAGUGACCAUCGUGAAGUGCACGGGUCUGCCAGCCAAGGACCCGGCCCUCACCUCCAGCGACCCCUACGUCAAGCUUCAGCUCCUGCCAGAGAAACAACACAAGGUGAAGACCCGGGUGUUGCGCAAGACGCUCUCGCCCGUCUACGACGAGGACUUCACCUUCUACGGCAUCAACUACUCCCAGCUCCAGGUGAUCACGCUACACUUCGUGGUGCUGAGCUUUGACCGCUACUCUCGCGACGACAUCAUCGGGGAGGUGGUGGCCCCGCUGGCCCAGCUGGACCUGGCCAACACAGAGACCUCUCUCAACCUCACCAGGGAGAUCACUCCGCGCUCCCUCAAGAUCCGUUCGCAGGGCCGGGGCGAGCUGCUGGUGUCCCUCUGUCACCAGCCCGCGGCCAACCGCCUCACCGUCGUCGUCCUCAAGGCCAGAAACCUGCCCAAAAUGGACAUAACGGGCCUCUCAGACCCCUACGUCAAGAUCUACCUGCUGUUCAACGGACAACGGGUGGCCAAGAAGAAGACCCACGUCAAGAAGCGGACACUAAACCCGGUCUUCAACGAGUCCUUCGUCUUCGACCUGCCGGCCGGCGUCGACGGCCUGGACAGCAUCAGCCUCGAGUUCCUCUUACUUGACUGGGACAGAGUAACCAAGAACGAGGUGAUUGGUCGGUUGGAGUUGGGCGGGGCCAGAGCAGCGUGUGGCUCAGCCAAUCACCACUGGAGCGAGGUGGUGACGUCACCACGCCGCCAGAUAGCUGAGUGGCACAAGUUAAGGGAGUAGUGUAGCUGAGAGCAGCAAGCACUGAGAAGUCAAUAUAGCAGCUGGCACCUGGACCAUCACGUCAGUAGUGUAGCUGACGGCAGCGGUUGUGCUGCACGUCAGCCACAGCACCGCCGGGGGAGACGGGGGGGGACGCGCCCACUAGAGGGAGCCUCUGCUUGUCUCAUCUUGAACUUCUAUCGUAAAAUACAUAUUUGUAACGCUCUGGGAACACUAAUUUGAUCUCGUUCUGUACCUUGCUCGCUUGUGGCCGCCUUGAUGACUGAUCUGAGAGCUGUGCUUACCGCCUUCCUCUAUGUAUGUAUGUGUGUGUGUGUACUUACCUAGUUGUGUUUGCGGGGGUUGAGCUCUGGCUCUUUGGUCCCGCCUCAAACAUUGAGGGGCCUGUCCGGGAGCCUGUACUGUGUGUGUGUGUGUGUGUGUGUGUGUAUGCAUAGCAUGCGACGCUGCCGCUGCCGAAGUAGCCAAAGACGACUCAGCUUUCGAGUCUGAACAACCAUUAAACAAGCUGGCGUCUUGAGGUGACCUUUAGACCUUAGUGGAGAACUUUGAUAACGGGGGGGGGGGGGCAACGGCUGCCUGCGUCACCUCUUGUGGCGGAACCUGUCACCAGGGUGUACUACUGUGUCACCAGGGUGUACUGGUGUGUCACCAGGGUGUACUAGUGUCACCAGGGUGUACUAGUGUGUCACCAGGGUGUACUAGUGUGUCACCAGUGUGUACUAGUGUGUCACCAGUGUCACCAGGGU